GUCGAAGUUUGUGGCUGAGCACAAACAAACAGAGAGAGGGAAGUUUGCUGUGAGCCUUUGAAACUGCUGUAAUGAACAAGCUGUUCCGCACGAUUUGAAAAUAAUCCGCGUGUCAGUGUCAUCUUUCUUAUGCAAAGUAGCUGUCUUUGAAGGCGGAUCUUUUGGCAGGUUAGACCGGGACGGAGGCUCCGACCAGCUCAGACGAGCGCUGCCACCAAACGCAUCAACUGCGUGUUUACGGGAAGAACAUAAUCCUGCGUUUCUGGGACGCAUUUCGCAAUUAUCACCGGGGAUAUUUAUUUGACUUAUUUCACAGACUGAUUAAUUGUUUCGGGUGCCUUGCGAGGAGCCAUCCCCGCCACAUAAAGGACCGGAGGAAAUUUAUUUUUGUUGUUUUUCCGAAGUUAUCGCACAGGGACUGAAAUCGCGCUGCUGCACGGGCAGAUAGUCCGGAAAAGUGACAGGAAACGAGAGGACGGUGCAGUUCGUCUUUUGGAAGCAAGUAAGAAACAAAUCGGAACACACAGCAUUUCUCUUUUACUCAGAACGGACUGGUAAUGCACGGUGCAGGAGACUGAACAAGUAGCUCCAGCACUUCAGCCACAAACUGAGCGCUUGAAAGCAUGGACCUGAACGCACGCUACUUCCAGCGAGGAAGCAUUUUCGGACCAUCGCGGGAAAUAUGUUUUUAUUAAACUCCCCCAACGUAAAAUGAGAAAACAAUGGUCUCGCUACAGUUAGUUGUGUAAGUUUUUUUUCCACAUUGAUCCUUCACUCACACGCCAGCCUGCUUUCAUCGCAGACUUUAAUGAAAGAAACUUAUGUGUUGUGGUAGUGGUGAACAUUUGGCUGAUUUUUCUUCAUCAUAUCAAAAAGGGAGAAUGUGUUCAUCUGCUAAACUUAGCCUCAUCUACAUGCUGCUGGUCCUGUGCAGCAGUGGGGGUUCAGCUAUUAGCUCAAUAGACCCGGACUGGUCCGGAGAAGGGAGAUGUCAACACAUCAACAUUCCCCAGUGUAAAGACAUUGGCUACAACAUGACUCGAAUGCCAAAUCUCAUGGGCCACGAUGACCAAAAAGAGGCAGCAAUAAAGCUGCAGGAGUUUGCAACACUGAUACAGUUUGGAUGCCACAGCCAUCUCAAAUUUUUCCUGUGUUCACUGUAUGCUCCCAUGUGCACAGAGCAGGUGUCUAACCCCAUCCCAGCAUGCAGAGUUAUGUGUGAGCAGGUCAAGUUAAAAUGCUCACCAAUCUUGGAGCAGUUUAACUUCCCCUGGCCUGACUCUCUGGACUGCUCCCGGCUGCCGACCAAAAACGACCCAAACAACCUCUGCAUGGAGGCACCCAACAACGGCUCAGACGAGCCUCCCAAAGUCUCCCACACCCAGCCCCCAGAUUUCAGGCCACAGCGGCCUCUGAGCGGGCAGGACCUGCACCUUAAGGACAGUGGCAGCAAGGAGACGUGCAGCAACCCUGGCAAGUUCCACUUUGUGGAGAAGAGCGAGUCCUGUGCCCCCAAAUGCUACCCUAAAGUGGAUGUAUACUGGAGUCAGGGAGACAAGCAGUUCUCUCUGGUGUGGAUGGCCAUCUGGUCCAUCCUCUGCUUUGUCUCCAGUGCCUUCACUGUGCUCACCUUCCUCAUAGACCCUCAGCGAUUUAAAUACCCAGAGAGGCCGAUCAUCUUCCUCUCCAUGUCCUACUGUGUUUACUCUGUGGGCUACCUCAUCAGACUUUUUGUGGGAGCUGACAGAAUAGCCUGUGACAGGGACAAUGGGGUCCAGUAUAUUAUCCAGGAGGGUCUGGAGAGCACUGGCUGCACUAUUGUGUUCCUCAUCCUGUAUUAUUUUGGCAUGGCCAGCUCCCUCUGGUGGGUUAUCUUGACCCUCACAUGGUUCCUGGCUGCAGGGAAGAAGUGGGGUCAUGAGGCCAUCGAGGCCAACAGCAGCUACUUUCACCUGGCAGCGUGGGCCAUCCCGGCCAUAAAGACCAUCAUGAUCCUGGUGAUGAGGAAGGUGGCAGGGGACGAGCUGACGGGCGUCUGCUACGUGGGCAGCAUGGACGUUAAAGCUCUCACUGGCUUUGUGCUCAUUCCUCUCUCCUGCUACCUUAUUAUUGGCACUUCUUUCCUGUUGUCUGGCUUUGUGGCCCUCUUCCACAUCCGCAAGAUCAUGAAAACAGAGGGCGAGAACACAGACAAGCUUGAGAAGCUGAUGGUUCGCAUCGGGGUCUUCUCUGUGCUGUACACCGUCCCAGCCACCUGCGUCAUCGCCUGCUAUUUCUACGAGAGGCUCAACAUGGACUACUGGCGCAUCCUGGCAGGGGAGCAGAGGUGCGUGGACAGCAGUGGGCCGGAGUCAGACGAGUGUGUCAUGAAGACUUCCAUUCCCGCUGUUGAGAUCUUCAUGGUGAAGAUCUUCAUGCUGUUAGUGGUGGGCAUCACUAGUGGCAUGUGGAUCUGGACCUCAAAGACACUGCAGUCAUGGCAGAAUGUGUUCAGUAGGAAGCUUAAGAAGAGGACGAGGAGAAAGGCCGCCAGUGUGUUCACCAGCAGCAGGCCUUACAUCAAACCUCACCCAUCUCUCAAAGGGCACAGUACUAAGUAUGAGCCUACACGGCCCCCUCCAACAUGUGUAUGAGCUGGCUCUCUUUGUGUAAACCCAAAAAUACUUGUAAAGCUCUUACCUAAAUGAGACUUUGUAAUCAGAGUGCCAUCAAAAGAAUCAAGGUUCGUGUUUUAUUUAUGCAAACUGCAUUGAAGAUAAUGCAAUGUCGGGUGUUUUUUUUUUUUUUUUUUUGUAUCUUGAGCCAUCUCAUGCAACAAGAGCUGCCUUUGUUUGAGAAAAAAUCUGCUACUCCUGGAUUCACUUAUCCUAUUGAGGAACUUGGUAGAGAGAAAAAAAAUCAUAUUGUUCCCAAGACAAAAAGAGUGGAAUAAACCAUUUGGAUGUGCCAUGGGGUUACUUGAAUAAUGUGCAAUAGAUGUUUUCCUUACAGGCAAAAAAAAGCCACUUGUACUGUUAGUGACAGAUUACAUACAAUGAAAGGACCCCGCAGACAAUGGAGGCAAAUGGUCAAGAGAGAUGAGUGUUGUGUUUGGAGGCUUUUUAAAUAGAAAUCAUGGCUGUGUUAUAUAUGUUUGAACUGGAGUGAGAGCAGCUGCUGAAAAGCGCUCGAGACCUUACGAACUGCCCAUUGUGAGGCAAAUUCACGCCAUAAAUUAAUCAAGCACUCGUUAUUGAAAAGUUAUUUGUACACACAGUUGAGUUUUCCAUUCUUUUUUCUUUGCUGUUUUAUAGUUCAAGAGAACGUUUGUAUAUAUUUCUAAAAAAACAAAAAAAGCUGAGAUUUUAUAGAAAAAUUAAUAAAACGUUCUAGUUUUAAAUGUUUGUAAAGCUGUAAUGUGUAUUGUGUACUGCAGCUGUGUUGUUAUUCUCUCUGUUGGAGUGAAUCCCCCCCCCUCAUAUACCGGCAUAAAGCUUGUCCUUUUUUUUGUUACAACCUUCGCCAUUAUAUGCUGACAGUGUGCAGCAGUCAUUUUGAUACAAUAUAAAAAUUGACAUCAUAAAGCUUAAUCUGUGGAUGUGAUGGUAUAUUAGAGCUGGAUUUUAACACUGUAUUUGCCAUGCAGAAUAUCUCAGAAUGAUUGACAGAGAGAACAUUGUUUACAUGAAAAAUAAUCCAGAAAGAGACACUGGAUGAACAUAAAUGUUGUAUUUAUCUCCUGCUAUGGAAAAAAUUGCACUUAAACAUCUUACAAAAGAUGAAUGUCUUACCUUGCUGUGCAGAAAUUAGGACAUGUUGGUACUCCUAUUAACAGGAAGCAUAAAUAGCGGUGUCUCUAUUCUUGUUUUUAAAUGUUCAUAAAAAAAGAAUGGGACAUUCAUGUCUGUCUCUCUGUGGCUGCAUCAAAGGCGACUAACAGCAAAGUAUGACAUAAAAGGAUUGUCUAUGGUCUUCCAUUUGCUUUUUGUAUACAGCACUAUAAGGCAACUCAGUCAUUCUUGCGUGUUUCAACAUUUAUUCACUGAUUUUAAUAUAAAAUUACACAUGGUAUUUAAUUUUAAUGUCAUUGCUUCACCAAAACAAAAAUAUAAAAUCAAUAAUCAGCA